GCCUAACCGGGAGCAAUGCCAGCAAAAGACGGAUCGAAAGACAGUGCUCCUUCCUCCUCCUCGUUGUUUUACGGCGACAGCGGCCGGACUGCCUUCGCUGCCGUCUGUUUAUGUUAUUCUGAUUUGCAAGUGCAGUCGGAGAGAAUGGCCACACUGAGAUUGCCCCUGCCCCUGCCCCUGCCCCUGCUCCUGCUGCUGUCUCUUCUCCUGGGCUAUGUGCGGGGCUCUCCGCAAGAAUCCGAAGCCGUGGACCAACACAGCAAACACCUCUACGAUGCGGACCUCUUCAGCCACGCAGUGCAGACCACCCCUCACUUCAUCAUGUUCUUUGCGCCCUGGUGCGGACAUUGUCAGAGGCUUCAGUCUACAUGGAAUGAACUAGGGGACAAGUACAACAACAUGGAUUCACCUCCACUUAACAUUGCUAAAGUUGACUGCACGAAAGACACCAAGAUCUGUUCUGAUCAUGGAGUCCGGGGAUAUCCUACACUGAAGUUAUUCAAACCCAGCCAGGAAGCAGUGAAAUAUCAGGGGCCUCGGGACCUCCAGUCACUGGAAACCUGGAUGCUUCAGACCAUGAGUGCUGAACCUGUUCAGACUGAAUCAAAGCAGGAAUCUUCCACAGUCCCAGAAUCCAAGCAGGGCUUGUAUGAACUCUCAGCCAACAACUUCAAGUUACACACUGGACAAGGCUUUCACUUCAUCAAGUUCUUCGCUCCGUGGUGCGGACACUGCAAGGCUCUGGCCCCAGCGUGGGAACAGUUGGCAGCGGCCUUCGAGCAUUCUGACAGUGUGAAAAUUGGCAAGGUUGACUGCACCCUCCAUCAGCAGCUGUGCUCUGAUAGCCAGGUGCGAGGAUAUCCCACACUGCUCUGGUUCAAGGAUGGCGAAAAGGUUGAUCAAUACAAGGGAAAGCGAGAUCUGGACUCCCUAAAGGAAUAUGUGGAUUCCCAGUUGAAGGCUGCUCAACCCUCUAAAGAUGAAGACAGUGAAGACGAGGAAGAGGAUGAACUUGAGGAAGGGGAAGAUGAGCCUGAGGAGGAAGUGGAGGAGGAUGAGGAGGAAGGAGAAGAGGAUCUGGACAAAGUUCUCAACCUGACUGAAAACAAUUUUGAGGAGACCAUAGCCACAGGGGUGACCUUUGUGAAGUUUUAUGCCCCCUGGUGUGGCCAUUGUAAGAGCCUAGCACCAACCUGGGAGGAACUUGCCAAACAAGAGUUUCCUGGAAUAAGUGACAUCAAGAUUGCUGAAGUGGACUGCACAGCCCAACGCUCUCUCUGUAAUCAGUAUUCAGUUCGUGGUUAUCCAACACUGCUGCUUUUCCGUGGAGGUCAGAAGGUAACUGAGCACAAUGGAGCCAGGGAUCUGGACACACUCCACAGCUUUAUCCUCCAGCAAGCCAGGGACGAACUGUAAGGCGCACAGCUACCACCUCUUGUUGUUGAUAUACAAUUGUGUCCAAACUUGUAAUUGUGUUGUAUACUUACUCCUCAGUCAAGGUAUGUUCCUUCACCAACCUCCAACCUUGGGUUUGGUUAAAUUGUCUGUGCUUUUUAAUCAGUGGUGCCUUCUGUGCAUGUGUGGAAAUGCGUGUGUGUGUGUGUGUGUGUCUAGAAAGAAAAGAUUUUACUUCCUAUGCCUGCCAGCAUAACACUUUUAUGUGAAUGUGGUUUAUAAGUAGUUAACAGACAAUCAUCUGUACCUGAUUAGUAAAUGCAGUACUAUGGGCAUAAAACAGAAUACCUCAGCGUAUCUUCAAGCCACAUUCACCUGUGUGCAUUACUGGAAGGAGGAGUUGGCAGUCUGUGUAGUGAGUGACUGUAAGAUUUGUAGAGUUUUAUUAAAAUGUGGUUGCUUAACAUAAUCAAAUCACUUAUUGAAACUGAAAUUCAAGUCACUUUUUGACCACUUCAACAGUACAUUGUGAUUGGGGGGGUGGGAGGGGGGAUUAAAACAGACAAUGCAGUAGUUACCAUGUAACACUUGCACCCCCUUUUUUUUAAAAGACGUUGUUAUGCGUUGAACAACCUUGCAGUUUAUUAAGAUUAAUUAACUUGAGGCUGUUCUUUAAAGUGAAUCAGAGAUGGUGGCUAAAAGAACUACAGUGAGUCUCAUUUUAUGCUAGUUUUUUUAAAAUAAGAUUUUAAAUCUAUUUCCAGAACAGCAAAUGGUACAGUCCAUGGCAGUGGCUGUUAUAGUCAGAUACACUUUAAGCAUUGAGUUACAGCAACAGCAGACCCAAGAUGUAGAAUUGUUCACUAUUCAUAUAUACUGCUGCGAGUGAGCAAACUGCACAGGAAAACCACUUAAUUUUAACAUCCUUUAUUGUUAGCAUGUGUGUUAAGAGAAUGAAUUGUAUGUCUCCAGGUGAGAGGUGGAUAACAGUAAAAGUUGAGUGUGGUCGGCACUUAAUUUUUUGUACAAUAAAAUCAUGAAACAAAAUGUGAGAUGCUACAUCAAAAGUUUACAUUACUUGGCAUUUUCUAAUAAAAAAAUGUAAAUGAU